AUGAGGAAGGAAGGACAGCAAAGCAAAGACGAACAGGUAGACGAAAGUGUACUCAAGAAAUAUGACAUCGUGAGGAAAAUAGGAAAAGGGGCAUACGGGAUAGUGUACAAGGCCAAGUGUAAAAGGAACAGAAAAAUUGUCGCAGUGAAAAAAAUUUUCGGUGCAUUCCAAAACUCUACGGAUGCGCAAAGGACAUUUCGUGAAAUUAUGUUUCUGUAUCAACUGAAUGGACAUGACAACAUCAUCACCCUCAUGGACGUGAUAAAAGCAAAAAAUGACAACGACAUUUACUUGGUGUUCGAUUAUAUGGAGACGGACUUACAUGAAGUGAUAAAAGCAGAUCUGUUAGAAGAAAUUCACAAAAGAUAUAUCAUUUAUCAGCUAUUAAGAGCACUCAAGUAUAUUCACUCAGGGAUGUUGCUCCAUCGUGAUAUAAAACCCUCAAAUAUUUUACUCAACUCUGAAUGUCACAUCAAGGUUGGAGACUUCGGAUUAGCCAGAAGUAUAUCUGCAGAACUAAGUGAAAAUAAAAUUCCCGUCCUAACUGAUUAUGUAGCUACCAGAUGGUACAGAGCCCCUGAAAUUUUGUUAGGAAGUACCAACUACACUGAAGGGGUUGACAUGUGGUCUCUUGGAUGCAUCAUGGCAGAGCUGCUACUCGGGAGACCUCUUUUUAGAGGCAACUCCACCAUGAACCAACUUGAAAAAAUUAUACAAGUCAUUGGCAAGCCAACCAAAAAAGACAUGGAAGAUAUUAAGUCACCCUUCACAGAUACCAUCAUUUCCUCCUUUGUUGAUGUUAAGAAAAAAAACUUCUCUGAAAUUUUCUCCAAAGCUUCUGUGGAGGCACUUGACCUGCUUAAACAACUUCUACAAUUCAAUCCCACCAAACGGAUCAGUGCAGAGAACGCUCUGAAGCACAAAUACGUGGAGCAAUUCCAUUCCAUUAUUGAUGAACCCCGGUGCAAACACAUCAUCACCAUCCCUGUGGACGACAGCACCAAGUACCGAGUCAGCUUCUACAGAAAUAUUGUGUACUACGACAUUAUGCGCAGGAAGAAGUAUCAUCCUGGUGGGCGCAGCUUUGAGGGGGUGGAAAAAAAAAAAACGGCAGAUACUACUCCCUUGCGUCGCUGCAUCAACAGUGCCGAGUCCCGGAUAAGUCCCCAUGAGGAAGACAAACAAAGGGAAACGCUCCCCACCACUGCAAGCACCACCAGCAAGGGCAAGCCAAACUCAACCGCAACGCCAAAAAUGGAAGGGGAAGGCGUAACCAAGAUCACCUCGCAUAGCGCAAAAUGUGCCCCCAAAAUUAGGAACACACAAAGUAUACACGACGGCAAAAGUGAACAAAAUGGAAACACUCGCCCCACCACAGAGAAUAUACACAACCACAAAUUGGUGAAGGGUCACCCUAAGAAGAGCGAAAAAAGAGAGUGCCCCGUGGAGAGGCAAAACGGGAAUGCAACAGGGGGGGCCCAGAAUGAGAAACAUUAUUAUGAGGUUCCUGGUGAUGGGCAAAUGGGUAGAGGACUGGACGGUCAUUUUUCCAAAGAGGUGAAAAGCGCGCAAGUGGAAAAUAGGAACAAGGCGUCUAACAGAGACGCGGGGGGAAAGCUCCACAAAUGGUCCAAUGAAAGGGGAAAAGCGCUCGCCUCAGCUGUUUCAAGCAAUGUGACCAGAAGGAACGAUGAUAAGGGUGUGAGUACGGGGGAGAAAAGGGUCGACAGCAAAACUGCGAGUGUAAUCAAGGGACAGGGCAUGGUCGGGCGCGCUGACAGGCACGCAGACAAAAUGGUCAGGAGCCACUUGGUGAGCGCGGCCGACAUGGACACGGUAAAGAUGGACCAUCGCAGAAUGCAGCAUGUUACACCCCAGAAAAAGGAAACGGUCAAGUGGAGGAAGCGAGCGGGUAACGCAGGUGCAACGGCGAAACGUGUGGACUUUUGCGGGGCUUACUGCCACGACGUCACAGCAACUGUAGAAAAGAAGAAUUUAAAAAAAUGA